AUGACUGAGGCGAAGUCUAAACGCGAUUAAAUUUGGGAAGAAAAGAGAAGACAAAGAGAAGAAAGAUUAUUAAGAAUGGAAGGAUAAAUGCAAGAAAAUAAUGCAAAUUAAUUUUAACUCCCACCUCCAAGAUUCGAUGAUCAAGUUCCUAUCUCUUUUCCUUCUCAAUCUUAGGAAUAUGAACCUUACAUCCCUCCGGAACCUUAUGUACCAAUUGAAAUGAAUAGAAACCCUGAUCCACCCAGAAUGUAUUAAGGAUCAAUUCCUCAGCAAUCUGAAUUCAGGGAAUAGAGAGAGAAUAGAUCAAAUAGUUAAUUUUAAUAGCAAUCAGCAGUUUAAUAAAGUCCUUUGAAAAAUCCGAUUAAGCAAUAGUAGGACGAGUAUAGAGAAUAUUUGAAAAAACAGAUGGAAGAAAAAGAAGCUGAGAAAAGGAGAAGAAGAGAUGGAACAAAUAAUAAUCAAUAAUAAAUUCAAUAAGUUUAAUAUCAGUAAUAAUCUGUAAAUCCAGCUCCACUCCCAGCUUAACCUGUAAACAGGUAAAAACAAGAAUAUGGAGAAUUUCUAAGAUAAUAAAUGAUGGAAAAAGAAGAAUAAAAGAGACGAAGAAUUCAGUCAGGAAAUAAUCAAAACAAUUAAUAACAGUAAUAAUAAUAAAUGGUACAAUACUAAGUGUAAUAGUAACCUCAAUAAUACUAAUAAUAAAUGUACUAGCCAUAACAAUUUGAAAUAAAUUAAGGUUAUUCCUAAGGUAAUCAAUAAUCUAAUCUUCCAUAUUAACAACAAUAGCCUUAAUAAAUUGAUUAGAAUAAAUAACAAAAAUAAGAAUAUGGGGAUUAUUUAAGAAUGUAAAUGUUAUUAAAAGAGCAAGAAAAAAAUGACCGAAAGAAGAAUCUUUAAUAAAGAAUGGAAACCGGGGAUGCAUUUCCUUUUGGCAAGGGAGGAAGUGGUGCACCAUAUUAAAAAGGUGCCAAUAAUCAAGUACCUCAAAAUUAUAAUUAAUAAUAAAUAUAUCAAUAGCCAAAUUAUUAAUAGUAACAACCUUAAUAAUAUAUUCAACAGUAACAGAAUUUCUAAUAACCUAUAUAAUAGAUUCCGUAUUAACAAAGCAUUGCCACUCCUUAACAAUAUUAAUAUCAAGAAUAAGGUCUACCAUCUGGAUUUGAUUAAUAACCGAUAUUGAUGGAACCUUAAGCAGAUCCCUAAUUAAAAUAAGGUAGAAAUAGAUUAAUGUUGGAAAAUUAAAAUAUUGAUGAUAUAAAAAAGAAAGAAUUGUAGAAACUAGAAAUGCAGAGAGUCUUAUAAGAGUAAAUUGAAGAAAAAAAGAGAAAAAAAGAGUAAGAAAGGAUGUAGAAGGAGAUGGAAGAUAAAUAAGAGGAAGAGAGAUUUCGAAGGUAAAAGGAACAAGAGGAAAUGGAAAAGAAGCGAGAAGAUGAUAUGAAGAAAUAAUAAUAAGGAAAAUUUGAAUAGGAUAAUAUUGAUUUGAAAGAAAAAAGAAGGUUGGAAAGGAUCUAGGAGAGGAAGAAUAGAAAAAAUCAAUAAUAAGAGGAAGAUUAACCACAAUAGAACUUUUAGGCAUAUGAACCAUAAUAAUAGUAUAUUCCACCACCCUCACGUAAUCCUCCUCCUUCUCAACCUAAAUCAGAAAACUAUUUAAAGGAGUUCCUCAUGAAUGAAAAAAUGAAGGAAGGAGUUAGUCCGCAUUAAAGUAUCCUUGAUUUUUAUAGAAAUGGACCUCAACAAAUGAAUAAAGCAGAAAUAUAACAGAAUAGAGAAAUAGAUGAUAUUAAAAGGUAGAUGCUGUAACAAUAAGAAAACUUACAAUAAUAGAUAUAAUAAGUUAUGAAUCAAGCUCAGAUGGCAAUUGAAGGUAGAAAUAAAGCAGAGUAGGAGUUAAUUUCUUUGAAAGAAUAAGUGAAGAAUAAGUAUUUAUAAGAAGAGAGACAUCAUGAUGAUUUAAUGAUUGCAUUAGUAAAGAAUGAUCCAAAGUGGGAGAAAUAAGUGUUUCCACCACAUCUUUUAGCUUAAGCUGAAGUUGGAGCAUACAAAGAUUUGUCAAUGCCAGCAUUAAAUGAAAACUUUAAUUUUCCUAAUCUUAAUUAAAAUAAAGCACCUCCAUUUGCACCUGCUUAUGAAAGCAAACCUCUUGUUUUGAAAGAAGAAUCAAAAGAAUAAAAACAGCACUUUAGAGAACAAUUCGGACUUUAAUCAUUAGUUUCAGAUUCAAAUAUGGUUCCUAUUGAUCACAAUGCCUCUUUGGUUCCUUAAAUGCAACCUAUGAAUAAGAAGGUUUCUGAGGUUCAGUUAGAUAAGAUAGAUGAAUUGAAUGCUCAUUUUGAAGACAGUCUUAAAUUGGGGAUAGGGGAGACAUAUCAAAUAAGAAAUGACAAUUUCAAAAAGAGACCUCCUAGUAAUAAUGGAUAGCAUCCUUCUUGGAAUGUUCCUUCUAUUGACUCUGAAUUUGUAAAAGAAAUUGAUGAUCUAUUAAAAUAUAAGCCUGCUUAAUAAAGUUUAAAUCGUCCUCCCUCGGGAUUUACAAAAAAUGGAUUUGAUUAGAGACAAUUAUAACAAUCUAUCACAAACAGGCCUCCUUCAUAAACCAAUUAGAGACCACCCUCUGCUUUUGGCCGUGCAGCUCAUGGUAUAUUAGGUUCUGCGGAAUUGAAUUAUAAGGGAAUUACUUUGGACUCCGAAUUUCCUGACAUGACAAUGAUCAAAAAGGGGACAAAUACUGAAACGUUUGAUAUAGCAGGGAUUCAUAAAAGGAUGGAUCAAAAGUUGAUGCAUUUGAAUGAAAUCGAAGAAGAUGAGGAUUUACAGAAAUUAGAUAAAUUACUUUAUUAAUAUAACUAAUGA